CCUUUCUCUUCCUACCGCUUGGGACCUUUUGCUUAACCCUCCUUAGUUGCAACCUGGCUAGGUUUGGGUCAGGCCGCGGAAAAGCAUCAGAAACUUAACUUCAAACCAGGUAUUCUCAAACUGGAUGGAAAUGUCUUGAAUUCACCCUUCUGAAAUGAGAAACGUGUCUUUUGUGGAAACUGAAUUUCCCAGCAGCCUAGAUGAGCAGUGAUUUUUCAAAGAAAUUGGAAUGGCAUUAAAUGACAUGAUUUGUCUAGGUUAUUGGAUUGAUGAAAUCCAGUGGCUAACCAUGGUCACUCUGUUCAUUGCUGCCCUGGUGAUUGUAAGCAUUUAUUUGGUGCAAUAUGCCUUGAUCAUUGUUGGAUCCAGUCCCUGCAGGAUGUCAACAGACUCUUUCCAGCCAGUACAGAAGGAAGAUUUGGAUUUCUUGCUGAAAUGGGUACUAUCCCUAAACAGUUGGAGGAGCCAGUGGCAAGUGGCUUGGGUGACGGCUUUGAAUGAGGAAGCUAAACAUAAAGGGGGACCAUUAUUUCUUACAUUUGAAGAGGACCAAGUUCAAAAGCCAUUAGAGCUAGCAGUUCAACCAGUUGUGAAUGUUGUCAAGUCUGUCCAGAAGGUGGUAUCCUGUAAUGUUGGAGGAGAUUCAAUUCAAUUUAUUGUUCAUGUGCUCUCAGCCUCAUCUGAUGCUUCAAAAUGUCAGUCAUAUGAUGUACAGCUAUCUCCAUUUCAUUUACAGCUGGAACUUCAUAUGAAAGAGAAAAGAGAAGAUAUAUUGAUAAAGUGGUCCUUCCUCAAAGCUUCAGAGAUAAAUAUAAAAAUCCAGCCUAAAGCAAUACAGGAGGAUCAGAUAUUUGGGACACUUGAACUAUCCAAAUCCUUCAGAGAUAUUUUGAAACAUCUAAUUAGUUCAGUCUCCCCAUCAAUGGUUUUAAGCACAAAAAUUGUGGAUAUAAAAGAGGUAGAGGAUAUGCGGUAUACCUCAACACUUCCUCAGGACUUGUGCCCUCCUAAACCUCCAAGGGUUCAUAAGUUAAAACUGUUGGUGAAGAAUAUCCAAGCAACACUGCUGAAUAAUCCUGGUUCUUCAGGUAGCCUUAACUGUGUGUUUGUGACUCAGCUAAAUCACCCUCUCCAGAAGUUCUUCAGCUCUGUAACUAAGGGCACCACAAAUUUCACUUGGGAUGAGGAGUUCGCUUUUGAAUUAAAUGCCAAAUCCAAAGAGUUACAAAUGCAUGUUUUAGAAGAUGGGGAGUCCAAAGAUAGUUUAUUCUUUGGUUUGGCAACUGUUCCUAUAGAUGUAUUCAAGAAAAAGCCUUCUGGACCACAAUGCUUUGUUCUGAACAGUGGGUACAGCUGUAAUCGCAUUGUGUUGGGAUCUAUCACCGCAGAGUUCUUUUACAUAGAACCAAAUGAACCAAAAUCAUGGAAAAUUCCUCCUCCUGUUACUUCUGCAAAGACAGAAAAAGACCAAACUGUGAUACCCUGUGGGACUACUAGUGGUGCCCUGAUGGUUACUUCUAUAACUACAAUGAAAACAAAUCCUGGACUGGAUGUGGGUAGAUUUCCUGCAUUGAAUUCUGAUUUUUCUGUGAAAACUCCUAUUAAAGUCAAAGUCAUUGAAAAGGAUAUCAUGGUCCAAGCAAUUUCUUACCACAGUGAUUUCUCCUCUUCAGAUACAGCAUUGUUGGGGUUGAAUGAUUCUGAUCCAGUUGCAGAAGCUGCCAUUCAACAACUAAGCCAUUCUUCAAAGUUGACAUUCAAGUCACCAAGGAAGAAGAGUACUAUUAUCAUAGAAGGGGAGUCCAAGAUUCUCUCUCAGCCCAGCAACGAUGUGUGAAGACUCUACAAAAGUGCAAGGCUUUCUGGAUCCCAUAGCUGUCAGUUACCCUUUGCGACAUGCGCAUUCUACGUGUGUGCCUCACUACCUCUCUACUCCGAGUCCGUUCUUCCCAAGGAAAUCGUGCAUAUUUGUGAGAAAGCAUACCCCAGGCUUUUGGGGGGAAUGUUUUGUACCAACUGUUCUUAUGGUGCCAUUUUAAUA